AUGGCCUUAAACAAGAUGAAGGACUUGAAAAUUGAAGAACAGGAACGUAUAACUGUGGACUAUGUGAAGGGAAUUCUUCAACCCACCCCCACCUGUGAAGUCUGGGAUCAAAUCUGGAACUUCCAAGCCAAACCUGAUGAUUUGCUGAUUUCUACGUAUCCUAAAGCAGGAACAACAUGGGCUCAGGAGAUAGUGGACUUAAUACAAAAUAACGGUGAUAUUGAGAAAAGUAAACGAGCACCAAUUCACGUACGAAUUCCUUUCAUCGAAUGGGUACACCCAGCAAUAGGAUCCGGUUUGGAAAAGGCUAAUGCUCUGCCCUCACCACGGACUCUGAAAACUCAUCUGCCCAUUGACCUGUUGCCUCCGUCCUUUCUGGAGAAAAACUGCAAGAUAAUCUAUGUGGCAAGAAACCCCAAGGACAAUAUGGUAUCCUAUUACCAUUUCCACAGGAUGAACAAAGCGCUUCCACACCCGGGCACCUGGGAAGAGUACUUUGAGAGUUUUCUGGCUGGGAAAGUGUGCUGGGGUUCAUGGUAUGACCAUGUGAAAGGAUGGUGGAAAGCAAAGGACCAACACCGAAUUCUCUACCUCUUCUACGAGGAUAUGAAGAAGAACCCUAAGGAUGAAAUUCAGAAGCUGGCAAAAUUUAUUGGAAACAACCUGGAUGAUGAAGUUCUAGAUAGAAUUGUCCAUCACACUUCUUUUGAUGUUAUGAAGCUGAAUCCAAUGGCCAACUAUUCACUGGUUCCUGUUGAGAUCAUGAACCAUUCCAUUUCUCCAUUCAUGAGAAAAGGCUCAGUGGGAGACUGGAAGAACUACUUCACUGUAGCUCAGAAUGAAAGAUUUGAUGAAGACUACAAGAAAAACAUGGAGGAUACCAGUCUAAGUUUCCAGUUCCAGUAA